AUAGGACAGUAGUUAGCGCAAUAUUUUACGUGAUAUCUUAGUUCAUCAACACCAGCCGCUUGUUUACGAAUACGCAUUGAGCUAAGUAUUUAAAACAUUCUCGUGUUCCCGUGUGGGACCAAAUUGGUGAAAAAUGGGUGUAGUUUACGAAGUUUUGUUCUUGCUAGUGUUAGGUGUAAUUGGAAUAGUAUUGUACCUUAAGCACCUCUACACCUACUGGGAAAAAAAGGGAGUUUACGUAUUUUCUAAACCGCACAUCAUUUUUGGAAACGCAAAGCCUUUACUUACAGGCAAAGGUGCAAUUCGAGACUUGUUUAAGAAAGUUUAUGACGACUGCCGGCGGAAUUCACAAAAAAUGAGCGGAUUUUACUUUAUGAUGAAACCUUGUUUGGUGCUCGCGGAUUUGGAUUUAAUUAAAGAUAUUAUGAGUACCGAUUUUGAGCAUUUUACCGAUCGCAUAUUUCAUAACCACGAAUCAGAUCCUCUAAGUGACCAAAUAGCAUCGGCCAAAGGAGAAAAGUGGAAGCAGUUACGUACGCAACUCACUCCGGCUUUCUCUAUAGCAAAAAGCAAAAUGAUGAGUCAGAAAGUGCUGGCAUAUACGGAUAAACUAAUUGAAGAAUUAACCCACAAUUAUCGUGACAAGACAAUUAUUGAAAUAAGUGAGGUGAUAGAGAAGUAUAUGAUUCGUUUGACAGAGGCCGCCAUUUUUGGCAUGGAGAAUGACCAAAUAUACGGUCCCACUACCGAAUUUGAAUACUAUUUAAAAUGCUUCUUUAAUAAGUCUCCAUUGGAUUUGUUAAUCGCAUUGCUAACGUUCUUUAAUCCUAGUAUGCUCACGUACGUUAGAGCGAGAUCGGUAAGAAAAGACGUGAGUGACUAUUUCUUAAAAUUGUCCGGAGACAUCAUCAAAUUUAGAGAAGAGAAUAACAUCGUCCGUGACGAUCUUAUACAUUUACUCAUUCAGUUAAGAAAUAACGUCGAUAUAAAUGAAACCAGCGGCCAAAUUCUUCAAGAAAGUAAAAUCAAACCUUUACUAUCUUCUUCCCAGAUCGCAGCAAAUUGUCUCAUUAUAGCAAUUGCGGAUUACGAGACCGUAGCUUCUGCAGUUUCUUUUUGUUUAUAUGAACUCGCGCUUAAGCCAGAUCUUCAAGAAAGAGCCAGGCGCGAGGUAGUCGAUGUUCUAGCAUUGCACAAUGGCGACUUUUGCUAUGACGUCGUCAACGAAUUGAACUACGUCGAACAAUGCCUCAAAGAAUCUCUGCGCAAAUAUUCUCCAUCUGCCGCUCACAGUAGAGAGUGUACCAAACCGUACAUAAUUCCAAACACAGACAUCCUUCUGGAACCAGGAACACAUGUAUUCGUGCCAACUAGCGGUUCUCACAUGGAUCCAAACAUAUUUCCCGAUCCAGAGCGGUUUGAUCCAGAACGGUUCUCAAAGGAAAACUGUGCCGGUCGCCAUCCAUGUGCAUGGACACCUUUUGGCUUUGGUCCCCGAAUGUGCAUAGGUAUGAAGUAUGGAAUGAUGAAGAGUAAAAUAUGCGUGGCGAAACUGCUCCUUAAUUUCGAAUUUUCCACUAAUCACUUAACGGAAAUACCAAUAACUGUUAAACCGAAGGCUUUUAUUACUAAAAGUGCAAAUGGUAUACGGUUGGAUAUCAGAAAAAUUGAUUAAGUACGGUAGCCCUAAAUUAGUAACGUAGGAUACGUAGAUAACAAGUUAAGCUUCUUCGGGCCUAAACAUAGCGAUUGGAACUAACAAUUAGACUUUUACAUUCAACAGAAGUUGUUAUUACAGGGGUAAACUUUAAAUGUCUGUUGACGGACAUGUUUCUUGUAUUAGUGAGGUUCAAUAAUGUACUUACCUAAGCUAAAUAUAAAUACACCAGUGUAUCGCUCUGUACAGAGAAUGCUGUUCGGAAGGUACCGGGCAAGAUUUUGGAAUAUCUGAUACAGUGAAUAAAAAUACCUUUUAAGAACA